UCUCUAUCUAUGCAAAUGUUUGGUUUUGUCUCCAUAAACAUGUCUAAGUGGUUUCUUUUUCGUUUUUUUACUUAAAUAUUCUAAUAAACAUUCAAAAUUCAGUUUUUUCUUUUUGUGAAAAAACUAAACUUUGGUCUCUAAACAUCAUUUUAAAAGGGUCUAUAAGUUAACAAAGGAAGAAAAGAAGCCCUAGUGUUAGUCCGAUCUUUUGUCUCUUUCUUGUCUGAAAAGCAGAGAAGUGAAACUCUUUGAGAGUUUUUUCAUAUAUAGUUUAAAAUCUAAGUAGCUUUGUCUUUGUCUUUGUCUUUGUCUUAUAGAAGUUCUUUUGUAAAAGAGAGACAGAGAAUAAAAUCGAAUACGAAAAAGAAGAAGAGAGAUGGAAAGUAAUGGAGGAGGAGGAGAAGUAAGAAAAUUGAAAUUAGUUUAUUUCCUUAGCCGUUCGGGUCACGUUGACCAUCCUCAUCUCUUGCCUGUUCAUCAUAUCUCCCGCAAUGGUGUCUUUCUUCGAGAUGUGAAGCGAUGGUUAGCAGAUGUACGAGGCGAUGCGAUGCCGGACAAAUAUUCUUGGUCUUGUAAGAGGAGAUAUAAGAACGGAUAUGUAUGGCAAGAUUUAUUGGAUGAAGAUCUUAUUACGCCCAUCUCCGAUAACGAAUAUGUCCUCAAAGGAUCUGAGAUUCUUCUUAGCUCUCCAAAGGAGGAUUCUUCUCAUGCGGAAAAGAAAGAUUGGGGAACAAGAAACAGUGGUGACGGCGGAACAGGCGCUAAAGAAAGAAAACUACAGAAGUCGAAGUUAACGUCGGAGACGAUCCACAAAGAAUCUCCGGUCUUCUGCUCUCAGAGAUCGACGGCGACAGCGUCGACAGUCACCGAGGAAUCCACCACGAACGAAGAAGAAGAAGAAGAAGAAACGAUCGUUCUUAAGAAACCCGAUCGGAAAAAAGUGGUAACCGGCGGCAGAGACGGGUCGGGUAACGAUAUAGAGCCGGGUCGACACAGUGUGUCUUCUACGACGUCGUCUUCGAGUUUUAUCAAGAGUAAGAGCUAUACGAGCGCGCGCGCGUCGCACGUGUUAAGGAACUUGCUGAAGUGUGGUGGCUUGGACACGAACGAUGCCGUUUUGGUGCCUUUGAAUAAGUCUGCGUCUGGGGCUUUUGGUGCGGCUUGGGAAGAUGAACGCAGAUACCAAAACCAGCAGCACAAUGCUCGAAAAAGCUUCGAAGGGGCAUGGAGUGGUAUAAAGAUGAAAGAGACAAUUGAAUUUUGUAAACCAAAGGUGGCUUCUUCAACCAAGGCAACUAUGGCUCCAUUAUGCUCGUAA